GGAAGCCCCGCGUGAACGCGGCCGCCAUUUUGGUGUCUGAUGAGCAGGAGCCGCGCUGGAGCGGAGUCUUCAGACUCUCUGUCUCUUUUAUUUUUUUUUAAUAUUUAACCACAUUUCUCCCCUUUCCCUCUGAAUUACAUUCAUCUGACCUUCACACCUUAUCGUUCACCACCACAGGGUUUGUGUGACAUCAUCAUGGCAUCAGAUCACGUGAACGGGAACGGCACGGAGGAGCCCAUGGACACGUCCUCCACCUCCACACACUCGGAGAACUUCCAGUCUUUACUCCAGGCCGGGUUACCUCAGAAAGUCGCUGAGAAGCUUGACGAAAUCUACGUGGCAGGUCUGGUAGCACACAGUGACCUGGAUGAGAGAGCUAUUGAAGCUCUAAAAGAGUUUAAUGAAGAGGGGGCGCUCCAGGUUCUGCAGCAGUUUAAAGAGAGUGACCUGUCCCACGUGCAGAAUAAAAGUGCCUUCCUGUGUGGUGUGAUGAAGACGUACAGACAGAGGGAGAAACAGGGGACCAAAGUUACUGAGUCCGGGAAAGGACCAGAUGAAACCAAAAUCAAAGCUCUCCUCGAAAGAACCGGCUACACACUCGACGUCACCACGGGACAGAGGAAGUAUGGUGGACCGCCGCCAGAGUGUGUGUACACAGGCCCUCAGCCCUCCAUUGGCACAGAGAUCUUUGUGGGGAAGAUCCCUCGGGAUCUGUUUGAAGAUGAGCUGGUGCCACUGUUUGAGAAGGCGGGGCAGAUUUGGGACCUGCGGCUGAUGAUGGACCCUCUGAGCGGUCUGAACCGAGGAUACGCCUUCAUCACCUUCUGCACUAAGGAGGCUGCACAAGAGGCUGUGAAGCUGUAUAACAAUCGUGAGAUCCGCCCAGGGAAACACAUCGGUGUGUGUAUAUCUGUGGCCAACAACCGCCUGUUUGUGGGUUCCAUCCCCAAGAGCAAGACAAAAGAACAGAUCCUGGAGGAAUUUGCAAAAGUCACAGAGGGUCUGAAUGACGUCAUUCUGUACACUCAGCCAGACGACAAGAAGAAGAACCGUGGCUUCUGUUUCCUGGAGUAUGAAGACCAUAAAUCUGCAGCUCAGGCACGACGCAGGCUGAUGAGUGGGAAGGUGAAGGUGUGGGGGACGCUGGUGACCGUGGAGUGGGCUGACCCCAUUGAAGACCCUGACCCUGAGAUCAUGGCCAAGGUGAAGGUGCUGUUUGUGAGGAACCUGGCGAACAGUGUGACUGAGGACAUCCUGGAGAAGGCUUUCAGCCAGUUUGGGCAGCUGGAGCGGGUGAAGAAGCUGAAAGACUAUGCCUUCGUCCACUUUGAGGAGCGAGACGGAGCUGUGAAGGCGCUGGAGGAGAUGAACGGGAAGGAGCUGGAGGGAGAACCUGUAGAGAUUGUGUUUGCAAAGCCUCCUGAUCAGAAGAGGAAAGAACGCAAAGCACAGAGACAAGCUGCCAAAACACAGAUGUAUGAUGAGUAUUACUACUAUGGCCCCCCUCACAUGCCCCCGCCCCCUCCCAGAGGGCGUGGUAGGGGCGGAGCCCGAGGCGGCUAUUCCUACCCUCCCGAUUAUUACGGUUAUGAAGAUUACUAUGACUACUACGGCUACGACUACCAUGGCUACCGGGGCGGCUACGAGGAGCCCUACUACGGCUACGAUGAGUUCCAGGGGCGGAGCCAGCGCGGGCCGAGGGGCGGACCCAGAGGAGGGCGUGGGGCGGGGCCUCCACGGGGUAGGGCCGGAUUUCCACAGCGCGGAGGCGCAGGAGUGGCCGGAGGAGGUGGAGCAAGGAGGAGAGGAGGCGGGGUUCGAGGGGUACGUGGCCGCGGUGGGAAUGUAGGAGGCAAACGCAAAGCCGAUGGCUACAGCCAACCCGAUUCCAAACGCCGGCAGAUUAAUAAUAAUAAUUAUAACAAUAAUCAGAACUGGGGCUCGCAGCCCAUCGCCCAGCAGCCGCUGCACGGCGCCGCCGAUAGUUACGGCUACAAAUCUGACCAGGAGUUUUAUCAGGAUUCGUUCGGCCAGCAGUGGAAGUAGACCAAACCUAGGGCUUUGCUUUGGUUUCAUUUGAUCCAUCUUCUGAUUGGGCUCCGUAAAAAACAUGUCAAGCUUUUAAAACAUGCUUCUUCCUGUACAGAUUUUUUUUAAAGCUCCACUUGGACUUCCUGUCACACUCCUUCCACACACUGGGUUCUGUUUUAUUUUGUAAUUUGUUUUAUAACUAAGUCCUAACUUUUAAUCAAAUUUGGAAGAGGAAAGAAAAGGAUUAAACCUCUCCAAUGUGCUGAAUCUUGUUUUAUUGGCUAGCUCAUGUAUGUUUCUAUGGCAGGUUUUUGCUCUUCAUGUUAAGUAGGAACACAACCGGGGUGGGGGGGGGGGAGUUGCAAACCAAAAGAAAACAACGAACAGAUUUCUCUUUGUAUGUCUAGUAAAAUUAGCGUGUCUUGUUUUCUUUACAUUUUGGCUUGUAAUCCUUUUGCUGUCUGUCUGCUGCUCUAAAUAAAAACAUACACGCAUACCCGUGUAGAAAACUUAACCACAACCCAUUGUGUUUCAAAUUCAUGUUUCGGCAAAAAAAAGAAAAACACACAAAAAAAAAAGACAAGUCUCUCCUCAAAUUUCUUUGCAAAUUUUGACCAAAGCGCCUUGUGGAUGAGCAGGACGUCAGGUUUGCCUCUAUUAGCCUGUCUGUCUCACUGACCCUCUGCAUGCCUCAGGUUUCUGUCCGUAUUCCAUGUCUCAUGGUGUCCCUCGUCUCUUAGCCACAUGUACCGCUGUGGUGCUUCACGGAGGGUAUUUUCUUAAAUGCUUCCCUCUCUGUCAUGGCUAAAAUGCACGUUCUGCCCUAAAUUUUCCUCACCAAAAUCAGGAGUAAUCCGUGUCCUGGCAUGACCCCUCUGUGUUUCCUGCCUCUUUAGUUUGACUUUUCCUCUCUGUUCCCGCUGUAACUGUGGAGUGCAGUGCUGAUGGUGUCCAGCAGGGGGCAGAGAGCGCUGUGAGCUCUGCAUGCUCAUUAGAGCAGGAUUCACAGUGACUGACAUGCUCUAAUUAGUCUAGAGUGUUAAUGUACUCAGCUUGUGUGUGUGUGUUCAUGAUCAUGGAUCUAAUCAUUUCUUCCUCUUGUCACCUGACUAGCAGGGAAAGGCCUCGGGAGCGGCGCUGACAAACCCCUCUGAGUGAAGAGCGGCUCGUUAAAGCGCAGCUUCCCCUCGGACGACGCCGGGGGACACGGCGGUAAGAUGCUCUUCCUGCCGUCCGAGUCGUACUUCCUGCCUUACAGUAGACGCAAAACUCUGCCACCUACACACACUUUGAGCCAUGAGUUCACUUUAACGCUUCCUGUGUCCGAAGCAGUGCCUUGUACACUACACUUCACAAACCCUGUGCACUCUGACUGCUGCACUGUGGACAUGUCCCGAAUCUUACACUAUAUAGGCCAUACUCCAUCCACUGGGGGUGACGGGGGGAGGUGUACAUCCUAAAACACAGGCCCGACUCACUAUAUAGGUCAACAUCAGUCCACUGUGGGCGUGUCCCGAACCACAGACCUUAUAUGGGCAACCAUUGGGGAUGUGUCCUAAACCACAGAAACCCUGCUCACUAUAUAGGACGCCAUCGCACAUUUUAUACAC